CCUCGCGAGAGUGCGGAAGAGUGUACUGAGAAUGUUGUAUGUUUCCCCGGGUGACGUCAGUGUGUAUUGUUGUUCCCAGCUGUCAGCUGCAGCAGAGAGGUCUUGGGGACGGUAUUGUGUGUGUCAGUAUGUCAGUGUGUCAUUGUCUCUGUUUUCUUGCCAUCUAAAACCUCACACAAACUGCUGCUUUACCCAUGAAAUACAGAGAUGAAGGACAAACGGAAGAAAAAGGAUCGCACCUGGGCAGAGGCUGCCCGCUUGGCACUAGAAAAACAUCCCAAUACUCAGAUGACUGCAAAGCAAAUCUUAGAAGUCAUACAGAAAGAGGGACUAAAAGAAACCAGUGGAACCUCUCCUUUGGCUUGCCUGAAUGCCAUGCUUCAUACUAAUACACGCGUCGGUGAUGGAACAUUCUUUAAAAUCCCGGGAAAAUCUGGACUUUAUUCCCUGAAAAAGGAAGGAACACCAAGCCUUGCUGAUGGGGCAACUGAGUCUGUGUGUGAAACUGACAUAGAAGGUAUUGAAAUGACGGAGAGCAACAACAGCAUUAGUGAUGAAAAUGGUGUUUGCCCUACAAAGCUACCUGAAGAACUGUCUUCCGAACACGAUACAAACCCCAAUGCAGCAGCUGUGCAGAACAAGUCAGUGUCUUCCACACAGCAACAUACCAAAAAGGCUCUUAAACAGGCUUUGCGGCAACAGCACAAAAGAAGAAACGGCGUCUCGAUGAUGGUGAACAAGGCUGUGCCUCGAGUUGUAUUAACGCCGCUAAAGGUCUCUGAUGAGCAGCCAGAUUCUCCAUCAGGAUUCGAAUCUAAAAAUGGAAUUGGUGAUGGAGAAGGAUCUGAGAAGGAAUUAAAGCAAGGCCAGAGAUCACCAACCGGCAAACAAAUUAGCCAGCACCUAAAGAAGCUAAAGAAAUCUGGUUUGGGGCACUUAAAAUGGACCAAGGCUGAAGAUAUUGACAUUGAGACUCCAGGCUCUAUAUUGGUGAAUACCAACCUGCGGGCUUUGAUCAACAAACACACAUUCGCAUCGUUACCUCAGCAUUUUCAACAAUACCUCCUCCUUUUACUGCCAGAGGUGGACAGGCAGAUGGGCAGUGAUGGAGUUCUGCGUCUCAGUAACUCUGCACUGAAUAAUGAAUUCUUUGCGUAUGCUGCUCAAGGUUGGAAACAGAGGUUAGCAGAAGGGGAGUUUACACCAGAAAUGCAGCUCCGAAUAAGGCAGGACAUUGAAAAAGAAAAGAAGAUAGAACCAUGGAAGGAAAAAUUCUAUGAAACAUAUUAUGGAGAAAAAUCGGGUAUGACAGAAGAGGAAUCAAUGAUACUUACCUCAGUGCAGGGGUGUACAGAAGAUGGGCCAAGUUCAGCUGCAGACUCUUCAUGCUUGCCAGGAACGUCCAGCCAGUCUCCUGCAGAGAAGAAGGAGCCUGAAAACACUGAGAAGUUGCAAGAAUGUGAAGAAAGUGUGGACGAGGCAGUGUGUAACAUGGAACUAGCUUCAAAAGUAGUGACCGAACAGGCAACAGAAGAUAUACUGUUGUCAGGGUUCCCUGACAUUUCUGCAGAGGAGUCUGUGGUGCAAGAAGAGAUAGCUGUGGAAGUAGACUCAAGUAUUUGUGAAUAUCUUGAGGAGCAAGAUGAACAGGAAAUUGGUCCAGCUGAAUAUGUCAGCAGCUGCACCCCUAGCGAAACAGAAGAAACACCAACGCUGCAGUCAGACAACCUCACAGAGUGUGCUGUUGAGUCCUCAACUCAAUCCACAGAGGAAGUAAAUCAUAAAGCAACAGUUAAUGAAUCAGAAAUAUUUACAGCCACUCCACAGUUGGCUCCAGCUACAGUGAACCAAACUGUAUCUCCUCCUGUAGAUUCAGAAAAUUAUGGCAGUCAAAUGCAGCCUCAGACUACUGAACAGCAACAUGCCUCAGGUGAGCUGUGGACCUCAAAGGAGCCUGGAACCAUGGAUGAUCUUGAGUCAACGGAGGGGGUUGAAUCCACGGAGGGGCUUGAAUCCACGGAUGAUCUUGAAUCCACGGAGGGGCUUGAAUCCACGGAGGGGCUUGAAUCCACGGAGGGGCUUGAAUCCACGGAGGGGCUUGAAACAACGGGGUUUGAAUCCACGGAGGGGCUUGAAUCCACGGAGGGGCUUGAAUCCACAAAGGGGCUUGAAUCCACAAAGGGGCUUGAAUCCACGGAGGGGCUUGAAUCCACGGAGGGGCUUGAUUCCACGGAGGAGCUUGGAACCACGGAGGAGCAUCAAACCACAAAGGCCCUACAAAUCACGGAGGAGCUGCCGACCCUAGAGGAGCAGCAGACAACUGAAGAGCAGCAGACCAAUGAGAUGCUGACGCCCACGGUCAAUCUUCAGUCUGCAAAUGAGCCGAAAAUCCACAUAGAGAUGGAAGAUCCAUCCAGUGAUUCUGAAAAAGAUUACACUGAUUUGCCCCUGAAAAGUACAAACCAGCUUAGUUCUGUGGAUCAGUCCAUCUCUAGACCAGAGCCUUCCCCAGAGCAUCCGGAAGCCAAAAUCCAGGCAGACCCACAACCAGAAGAAAAUAUGCAACAAAUUCAGGAAGAAGUCCCAAUUUCUGCUUCUUCUGAAAUACCACCUGAGGAACUGCAAAUCAAUCCAGAGCUUAGGCUCUCUAUGCUAGAGAAAGAAGACCCUCUACUUUCUUCAACCAAACAAGCAUCAAAAGCAUUGGAACCCCCUUUUUCAUGUAAAAACACGACAAUCCAGUCCCCUGAACAUCAGUCAUCUCCGCCCAGGCUGCCCAGUGUGAGUGAAAGUCCAGUUCAAGAGAAAAAAGCUGUGCCACAAUUAUCAGUAUUCCCAGAACCAACUGUCGUCAUAGAGGUACCUGAAAUUGGAAAUCCUGAGGCUGAACAGACAGCAUCUUCACAUGUUGCUGCCAAACCCUGUGCCUCUUCCAGUGCUGGCCAACCUUCUGUAUACUGUGGGCGUUAUAGCAAGAAACUUGAAUUCCCAGAGACUAAACAACAGCACACUGCUGAGAAACAUGAUUUGAAAGCAGCUCUGUUCACGGAAGCCCUCAGUAGUUCUAUCCUGAAACUUGAAGACAGCAAACCAACUGAGCCCCCUCCAGAAAUAACUGCAACUGCUUCAACAAUGGAAGCAGUGCCUUUACCAGAGAUACCCAAAACAGAAAACCUUCGGCUUCAGCAAAAUAUAAAAGAACACAAGCAGGAGCCUAAUAAUGCCUUUGUAUCAGGCAAAGCAUCGCCUGAGACAUCUAAUAAUGCCAAAAGUCUUAAGCAGAUCAAACAUCACCAUUCUCAAGAGAAGUCAUCCUCCUUAUUAUUAUCAGAAACUACUUCAAAAAGCAAACACCACAGGUCUCAUCAAACAAACCACCAACAUAGAUUGGAAGAACCACAUUCUUCAAAACAAGUGGAGCCCAACAAGUCUCCAGAGAUACAGAGAACAGACUGCAGGGACCCAGAGAUCUCCAAACGGAAGACAGGAGAGCAGCACACAGGGAUAUGUAAAGAAAAGAGGGCCAGAAUUGAAGAUAAAGAGCCCCAGAGUACUGCACAGUCCAGCGCCCCACCACCUGAAAAAGAAGUGCCACCAAAAGAGGAGCUAAGAGUCCCACCCCUCAAGAUCCAACUCUCCAAAGUUGGUCUGCCUUUUAUCAUCAAGACGCAGCCAGUUUCCAAGCCUGAACCCAAGGUUUCGUCCACCUCUGGUCCAAGUACAGGAAGGAACACAGGAGCCAGGACUCUGGCAGACAUCAAGGCCAGAGCACAGCAAGCCAGGGCUCAGAGGGAGGCUGCAGCUGCUGCCGCUGUGGCAGCAGCUGCACGGAUAACAUCUGGAGAUGGUGGAGCUCCUUCUGAAGGGAUUAAGACCAGAACACUUGCACAUAUCAAAGAGCAAACCAAGGCAAAACUGUUUGCCAAACAUCAAGCCAGAGCUCAUUCGCACCAGGCUGUUAAAGGGGCCAAGCUUCAUAGUUCAAAGGAGGACAAGUGUUCCUCAGAUUCACAGGCGGCUGUGCAAUCUAAGAGUGAUGGUCCAACUGGUGUUAUUAUUGCUAAUCCCAAUCGUAGGCCGCUCGAGAAAGGCUUUGCACUGAGUUCAGGGUCUUGUCCUACCUUUAAGACUUCAGAAAACAGAAUUGCAAAGUCUGGGGGCAAUAUGUCUGUGCCAAAUGCUGCUCCACAUAGUAUCCCGGGACCACAGCCCUCCUGUAAAUUGCCCCAGACUGGUAGGACUAACACUAUGCCAAGUGUAGAGAAUAACCAUGCCAAUCCAAAUGCAGUUUUCAACUCAGCAGUGCCAGUCUCUGUCCAUGGUUUUUCUAUUUCUCUUGACAACCCUUCUGUUCUAAUGGCUGUCGGUAGACCCAACCACCAGAAUUCUUUUUUCCAAGUAUCUCCGUCCAAACCCGGUGCCAAAGUCACUAUUUCUGGCUCAACCCAUAGAGCCGUUGUGCCAAAGUAUAAUGAUGACAGUGCUGCACCAGUCUCGGCAGAGGUGCCAGCCAUGCCAUGUCCGUUGAACAAUGCAUCCCCAAAUCACCCCAUUAAUGGAGGGUUAAGGUAUGCGGGUCAGACAACCCCCCAAGUGUCUUGUGUCAGUUCUGCACUGCCUACCUCCAAAGGCAGUACAUUCCAAGACAACACAGUAUCCGAGAGAAACUGCCCCCCCAGAAGCAGCACUCCAUUUUUAUUUGAAAGACCAAGUGUGCCCUUUCCGUCUGACUAUCAUGCAUUAAGCAAUGCUGACAGAAGGGAGAUCCAACACUACAGACAAAAAGCUGGCAUGUCAAAAUAUAUUACAGACAGAGGCCAUGUCAACAAGAGCCCAAUUAAGAACAACCCAAUGCCGACAACUCAGAAUGUUGUGAAUGAAACGGGAACAUGGGGGAAGUGUAGACAGUUGCCACUGACAGACUCUGCCAGUAACAAAGCUAUUCCAUGUAAGGUUAUAGUGGAUCACAGCUCUGGAUCACAUUCAAGCACUCCAGCUGCAAACUUGGUUGAUGCUCGACAAAACCUACCAAAUAAAGGGGUGAAAACGGAAACUGUUCUGCGAUUGCAAGAGUCAAUAAUGAGCAGGUCUGAACCUUUCCGCCAAAAAACAGAACAGAAUUCAAUUUUUAAUGAUGCCUCCCAAACGAACAGUAAGAAACUGCAGGUGACUCAUAACGCUCUGCAUGGCUCGCCUGUACUUCGGCAGAACAGACAAAAGGGAGUUAGACUUUCUGAGCAGAGUGCUGCCAAUCUUAUAUACAGUUCCUUAUUGUACAAACAUGUUGAAAAAGAAGUAAUCAAUGAUCAAAGCAGUGAACCUAAAAGCUGGCUGAAAGAGAAAGAUGACUGCAUGGACACAAUGAUAAUACAUCAACAUUUAAGUGAUGUCAAAGAGAAAAAAGGCAAAAUUAUUUCAAGCACUGAAGGAAUGAUCACCUCUCCAAAUUGCUCACAUUUUUCAGAAACCAUCAUCAAAUCUGAACCCAGUGAUAUGGACACUGAGGACUUGAAAGAAGCGGUGAAUUUGCAUCAUGGAACUCAUUUACUAGAUGAGAGGACAGUCAAGACCUCUGUAGCUGCCACUGAUAUAGCUGAGGACUGUGUGUCAUUGAACACAGAAAACCAUAGAAAAGGUUACCUUGCUGUAAGCUCUAGCUGUCGCCUGUCAUCAGUGGAGGCCAAUAACCCUCUAGUGACUCAGCUACUGCAAGGGAAUUUGCCUCUGGAGAAAGUGCUGCCCCAGCCCCGGUCAGGGGCCAGACUGGAGAUAAACAGACUGCCUCUGCCUUUGCAAAAUACCUCAGUAUGCAAAACAGCUGCAGCUGAGAGAAAUGUCACGGAAAAUGUUCAGAGCUGUCUCAGCCCAGAUGGCAAAGGACUUGCUCCAGGAAUAGAGGGGCCUGUCCACAUCAGAAAGCGUGAUAUCUAUCCCAACAAAAGGGUGGCCAAGUCUGCAGGGGAACUUGCUUACAUUAAAUGUGAGCAGGGCAAUCAAAUGACUGAGGCAGAGAGUAAAAGUGCUUCCUGCACACUCAGUACUCAUUUAAAUCAAUUGGGCCCAAGGCAGCCGUUUGUACAGGAGUGGGUAAAAAAAAGUCUGAUGCACGGCAGAAUUACUCCCAGCCCAGAAAUCAAACAGCAGAAGAGACCGCUUCCCGCAUGCAUCUUUCAGAAAGAUUCAUUGGGUGUUGAUAAAAAUGGCAGCUUUCCUUCUGAAGCCAGUGACUCUCAAAGGCUUUUUUAUCCUCUCCGGGCUGAUGUCAGAGACACCAACCCUCCAACAGCAUUGCUGCAAGCCAACAUGAAAGCCACAUCUGGCUGCACAACUCCAAAUACAUUAGCAUUCAACAGGAAUCAGGAACAAAAAGGUCUAGGAGGAGUCAAUAUUUCUGUGGCAACAGAUCAAUUGAGAAAAGGAAGUGUUUUUUCACCCAAUCUUCAAAUUAAGCAGGCUGAUGACAUUCACAGUGUCUCACAGGCUGCCCAGAACACAUCUUUAUUGCAUCCACCUAAUGGAGAAGUCCCGUCUGAUCAAAAGCAAACAGAUGUUGCCAUGGAGACCAAGAAACUUAGUUGGCUUCCUUCAGCAAACAUCUGUAGCAAUAUAAAAGUGGAGCCGAUUUCUUUUAACGAGGGGUUAGGAAACAACUGUGAAAUGACUAUUAAGCAGACAUCCUAUCGGCAGAAUGAAGCAAAGGAACACAUGCAGGGUUUUCAGCUCAAAAGCCCAGAGUUUCCUUCCUACAUGGCCCCAACGCCACGCAAGUCUUUUGCCCAGUUAAAAACUCCACAAGCACCUCAGUCCCAGCAGGUGUAUGGAAAGUACUCCAAAGUACAUUUUGGUAACACUAAUUUCAACAGAACUGCCUCUGUUAUUGAGAAAUCCAUUGGAAACUUUCUGGGCAACAGUGCAAGCACUGGUAGUGGCUUGUCGAAUCAGAGUGCCUCUGUUUCGGGUCAGAUAUUUGCUGAUGGCAGCAGUGUCGAUGAACUGGAGCUGAAAUGCUCGUGCAGGCUUAAAGCCAUGAUUGUGUGCAAAGGCUGUGGAGCUUUCUGCCAUGAUGACUGCAUAGGCCCAUCAAAACUAUGCGUUGCUUGUUUAGUAGUGCGGUAGACAGUUAUUUAAAAAGCAAGCAAGCGUAUGACACUAUUUAUAUUGAUAACACUUUGAGAACUACAGUUGCAUUCCUGCACCAUUUAAAAUAUAAGAACAAAGAUUACAUUUUUAAUUUAUUUGUUUUAAAACGUGUUUGUGUCAACUUCAUUGCAACACUGUACUACAAUGUUUACAUGAAAACAAAGGAAUGUGAAUUUUAAGCUAUUCUAUAAACAAGGUUCAUGAUUUGUAAGUAUAGCACUGUUUUAAAACUUCAUUAAAAAUAUGCACUACCAUAACUCACAUCGAAUUUAGCGAGGCCGGAAAUACAAAAACAUGUCAGUAAAUCGAAAAUACUGUAAGGAAAUCCUAUUAUUUCGUUAUUAUGAUCUGUUUACCCCCAAGUCUAUGAUUAUAACAUUUGAUUUACACAAUUAGACUGUUUUAAUAAAAAGGUUGCAUGGCAAUUAGGUUUCUUAACAGAACAGCAUUUAUGAAAUACACAGAACUUUGUGAAAAGCCUUGAAUGUGAGUUAUUAUAUAUUAAUUGAAUGUGAAAACAUUUGCAACAUUGGGAUGAGGGAUUGUUCCUUUCACAGUGCAGCUGCAAUAAAAAUAAUAAUAAUAAUAAUAAUAAUAACAGCAUUUAGACAUUACCAACCAGUUUAACCCAAGGAUUCCCUGCAGAACUAUGGGAAAACACUUUGGUCUAAUACAUGUUUAUAAAUUAUUUAUUUAUUAAAUAUAUGAUUAAAUGGUUUUACAGUUACAUGUGUGAUUAUCACAGUUACAUAUUGUAGACUUUGUACAAUAUUGAUGAACUUCAUUGGCGAACAAUUAAGGAUAUAUCAGUGUAUGCCAUGCUUGAACCCAUGCCCGAUUCUGUUUUGGAGAAUAGAAUGUUGGGGCUGUGUCGUGCCAAGUGUCAUCUAACACAGACUUAAUCUGUAUCACUAUCUGGCAUAAAACGUCCAUUUGAAAGAAAAAAGAGAGUUCAGUUUAAGUGACCAUUAGCAAAGCAAAAUAAUAUUUACUUAUCAUAAAUGUAUUGAGCUCCUUUAUUGAAGUAGUGAUGAUCAAGAUACCUGUAAGGUAGUCAACAGUGUCUGUAAUAUACAUAUAACCAUGCUGUAUUAAAAAAAAAUGCAAAAUACAUUUUUACCAGUUACCAAUGCUCUUAAAUACUGGGUCAAUUACAUGAUUUUAUAGUGUUAUUAUUACGUGUUUUGUUUUAUAACAGAAACAGUUACUGCUCAGUGUUUUAAACUAUGUUUAAUUGUCAGUAUUUUAAAUGUUUACAUACAUCUCAAAUUUGCCAUUGUAUGCCUUUUUCAGAGAAGCGCUCUUAAAUUACAGCUGACGUCAGAUGUAUUGGUGUGAAAUUAACCUGUGUUUAACAGUAUGUGAGGAACGUUGAUUUUAGUAGAGAAACUUUUGAAACAACAACCAGUCACUAGUAUACCUAGGCAAAGCCUUCUUCAUAUUCUACCAAAGAAGAAAAGCUCCAUCAAGUGGCACAGACUCACAAAUGUAAAGUAUAUAUAUAAUAACCCUACCAGGAGCAGGCAGUCAGUCAGUCAGUCAAAGGCUUGUUAUUGUUUAAAAUGCAUUAUCCUUGAUUUACUAUUAAAAUGACUUUGCAGAUAAAACUAAAGAGGAUAAAUGUUGUAGUCAUUAGAAUUCAGGGAUACUGUGGUUAACAGUGCUGUAUUUUACAUUUGUGUUAAGAAAAAUGUCUGAUCUUAAUGUAUAAAAUAAAAAAAUACAAAUAAUAUGUGCUAAUCUGUGUUAUCUCUAGAUACCCCUAGUUUAAGUAGGAAAGUUAAGUAUUAUGUCUCUGUGUGAUGGCAUAUUUUAACAAUAUUUGAGAGAGACGUCCACAGUGGUGUCCAAUUAUCUUACAUAAAACAGAAUUCAACUAGCUUUCAGAACUAAAGAACCAUUAUGAAAAGAGGGUUUAUUUUUUCCUGCACAUAACAGUAACUA